AUGGAAAAAAUAUAAGAAUUAGUGGAUAGCCAAAAUUUUUAAGAGGCAAUAGAUUAAUUGAGUAUUUUGUUAGAGAAUGAAUUGCCAAGUCCUAAAGUUGAAACUUUAUAGGUGUUAAAUCGUAUUUUAAGUCUAAGCACAAAGAGACAAGAUUUGUAAAUAGCAAUAUUAAGACUGGCAAAAUUUGAGAAUUCAGAAAGAUAUUGUGAAUUGAUUUUAAAUUUGGCAAGGCUAUACAUUGAUUUAGGAUAAUUGAAUGCUGCAUAAUAAGAGUUAGAAAAUUUAAGAAAGAUCAAUAAUUAAUAUAUUAAAUGCAUAUUAUAAGGAUUUGAUAGAAUGUUUAAUUAGAAAAAAUAAGAUUUAUAAAAGGAAGAUUAAUGGGAACAAUUUUAACUAUUGGAAAAGGAAGAAAAGGAUUUAGAUUAUUUUUAUUAAGAUGGAUUGUUUAGUUAUCUAAUACCUGCAAGUUGGUUUUAGAAAUGGAGAUUAUAUGUUAAAAAUGAGGAUCCAAUAGAUGUUGAGGAUCCAAUUGUGAGUUUAAAUGUUUCUAAAUUAAGAUAAUUGCUUAAUCUAAACGAAGAUUCUAUUAAUGAAGAGAUUGAAAUAAAUCCAGGUCCAAUUGAUAGUUCAAGAUUACUCUAAAUAAAAUGGAACUUAUUACCUGAUAUUACAUAAUAAAAAUAAUAUUUGAAUUAUGUUUUAAGAAAUGAUUUAAGAGAAGGAGUUGAUUUUGUACAUGUAAGUGGAAAAGUAUUUAAAUAUUUUGAAAAUAUUUAUGGUGCAUUUGUUGUUAAAAGACUUAUUGUGAAAUAAGAGGAAUAAGAUAAAGUUAUAGUAGAUGUAAUAAUUAUAAUUAAAUUUUAAGUUAAUUCCAAGAGUUAUAAAUAUUAUGAUUUUAGAGAAUUAAUUAUAAGAAGCAUCUUUAUCAAUGAAUGGAUUUGAAUAAGUAUAAGAAAUGACUAGAAAACUAAAAGUUAAUAAAGGAUUUAAUAAUAGCAAUGAAUUAAAGUGGUGGAAGUUUAAAGAUCUAUAGAGUUAAAUGGAUUGGAUAUCUAUGAUAUAAAAAGGCACUUUUAUUAAAAGUAUAAAAGGGAGAGAAUUAGAUAUGAAAAUGAAAGUAGACGAUUUAAAUUUAACAAUUGAGGAUAUAUUGAUAUGUGAAAUAAAAUAAGGUAAGAGUUGGUAAUUAGUUGCUGAAAUAAAUGAUAUUAAAUAAAAAGAAUAAAAUGUUUCAGAACUCUAUGCUAAAUUUGGUAUUAGUAAUAUUCCAAGAGCUUUACCUGAUAGUAGAAGAGGAAUGACAGGUUUAUAAAAUUUAGGAAAUACAUGUUUUAUGAAUGCUGCUCUGUAAUGUCUCAGCAAUACUUAUGAAUUCACUUAAUAUAUGGUUUAUAAUCAAUUUGCUUAACAUUUGAAUCCCAACAAUGUAUUAGGAACUAAAGGAUUUUUAGCAUCCUCAUAUGCUGAAUUAAUGAAAUCAAUGUGGUUUGCUAAUUAUUCAAGUGUUUCAGCUAUUGAUUUAAAAAAAGUCAUAGGUAAAUUUGCACCUUAAUUCUAUGGAUAUGGUUAAUAAGACUCACAUGAGUUUUUAUCAUAUCUUUUAGAUGGAUUACAUGAAGAUCUUAAUAGAAUUCUUAAUAAACCUAUUGUUACAGAUAUUGAAAUUACUAAUGAAAGUGAUCAAUAGGCUUCAGAAAAGUUUUGGGUCAAUUAUACUCUAAGAAAUUAAAGUAAAAUCUAAGAACUUAUGGUUGGAUAAUAUAAAUCAACUUUAGUUUGUCCUAUUUGUAGUAGAAUAUCUAAAACAUUUGAUCCCUUUAUGAGUUUAUCAUUACCAAUACCUAAUUUUUAAACUUUUCAAGCUUCACUAUAUUUUAUAUAUGAAGAUAGUGAUAAUAUUUCAGCGAAAAUUUUCUUAUAAUUAAGCAGUGAUAUGACAGGAUUAGAUAUUUUAAAAUAAUUAGAAAAUAUUUUAAAUAUUAGUCAUAAAAGAAUGAAUAUGUUACUCAUUAAAGAACAUCAAAUUUAAGAAAGGGUUACUUAUGAUAAAGGAGCUAAAUGGAUUAAUGAACAUCAUGGAAUUUUAUUUGUUUAAGAAGUAAUAUCUAAUAUGUAAAAUCUCUAACCAAAUUAAAUUAAUGUUGAUUUCUAUUAUGUAGCAAAAAGUACUAGGAUUUAUGAAGAUGAUAAAAUCUUAUCAUUCCCUAGAUAAGUUGUAAUUGAUAAAAACUCAACUUUUUAAUAACUUUAUGGAAUUAUUUAUAGUAAAUUUAGAAUUCAUUUAACCUUGGCUGUUAAAGAAUUAACUUCAAAAGAAUUUCUAAUUAGAGAUGAAUUCUUAAAUUUACCUAGACCUAAAAGUUUAGGAGAAACAAUAUAAGAAUUUGCUAUCUUAGUUUAAAAUUAAUUAUAACCAUUCACUCUUAGAUUUAAAGAUAAAUAAUUUGAUAAAUCAUCAAAAAGAGAACUUUAAUUUAAUGUAUAAUUUUUAAUCAAUCUUAGGAUAACUUAACAAUUGAUAUUCCAGGUUAAAAUCUGGCUAUUGAAGUUAUUAUAUCAGAUUAUUUAGUAAAAAAUAUCCAAAUUUUAAAAUUAUAAAGAUGUAAAGAAUUCCCUUUAAAUGAUACAAGAUCAUAAUAAAUAAGAAAAGGAGAAUAUGAUUUGGAAGAUUGUUUAAGAGCUUUUACAAAAGAAGAAAUUUUAGGAUAAGGAGAUGAAUGGUAUUGUAAUAAAUGCAAAAAACAUGUUUAAGCAUCCAAAAAAAUGGAAAUAUAUAGGGCACCAUAGGUAUUUUGAUAAUUUAUAAUUAUUUAGAUAUUAAUUAUACAUCUCAAAAGAUUCAAAACAAAUAGAAUUUCCAAUUUAGGUAAUUUUUACUUUAGUAAUGGAACAUAGAAAAUAACUUCAUUGGUAUAAUUUGCCCAUGAACUAAAUUUAAAUAAUUAUGUGUUAUCUAAAUAAGCUGGAGAUAAUUAAAAUUAUAUUUAUGAUCUUUAUGGUGUAGAUAAUCACUAUGGUGGCAUAGGUGGAGGACAUUAUACAGCAUAUGCUUAUAAUAGUGUUCUAAAUAAAUGGAUAGAUUAUAAUGAUUCAAAUGCUAGAACAACUAGCAGCAAUGUUGUAAGUGAGGCUGCUUACUUAUUAUUCUAUAGAAGAAGAGAUUCAGAAAAAUGUUAAAUGUUCAAAUGAUAUAUAUAUCUUAAUAUAUACA